CCGCACCAAACAGAAGGAACUCGCACAAAACAUCAGAGAUGGCCUCCGCAGUCUCCAACGUCUUUCUCUCCCCAAACCCACAAAUUCCCAGAAGGAGCAUCAAUCUCGCAGCCGCUCACCAUGUAACACUUUCUCCGUCUUCUUUUGUCAGAUUUUCUAGAACCUUUGAAUGGAAGAGAAGGGUGAUAUGUGCUUCUGCAUCUGCAGCUGGAAGCUCUAAUCCUAACAGUGACCUGAACCCAUAUGAGGUUCUUGGUGUGAGUCCCAUUUCGGGAUUUGAUGCAAUCAAGGCAGCCUAUACUAAAAAACACAAAGAGGCUGAGCAGAGUGGCGAUGAGUCAACUGCUGCUCAACUAGAAAGAGCAUAUGACAAAGUGAUGAUGGCUCAGUUAACAAACCGGAAAAAGGGUGUGACCUUUGGUCAAUUUAAGGUUUCGAAGGACAUAAAAUAUGCCGAUAAGCAGCCAAUUGUGCCAUGGGGGCCAAGAUUCACCAAGUCUAGCAAACAAGAUAUGCUCAUCAACUUGGCAAUAUCUGCUGUAUUUACAGUUUGGAUUGUUGUCAAGCGUAAUGUUGAGUAUAAACCUCUUCAAUUUUUGGCCUUUGCAUUUGUUUAUCGGAUUUUUGAGAAGUUGAAAUCUUUUGAGGCACCUGUAUCUACAACAUACACAGAAGAGGGUGAAGAUGAUGGCCGGGCAUUGAGAAUGGGAAAACGGCUGCUUCGUUCUCUUGCACUAGUUUUUGGUUGUAUUGCCUUCUCCUCAGUGGCUUACACAUGUAUUUUGAAUUUGAUUGAGUAUGCAGGCAGUUACAUACCAUCUUUCCUUUACAAUAACCAGGAAAUGCUAGUCACCAGUUCUUCAGCUGUCAUGUUGUACAUUAUGGCAUCAUAUUAUCGAUGAGGAAUCUAGCAAAGAGCCACAAGACGAUGCCAAGAUCUUGUGGGGAACUGAUUUUAUCAUUGUGUUUUAAAUUAGGAAGUCAAAAUUUUGUCAAAUGAGGUAAUAAUCUUGUCAUGUUGUUGGGGGAAAAAGAGGAGGAAGUGAUUUUGGCAAUGGUUUGUUGUUAUGGUUUAAAAUGAUUUUGGUAAUUAAGGGCCUAGCCAGUAGAAAAUAAAACUUAAAUCAGAACUUUUUUUAAUGACUA